AUGUAUGCAGGACGCAAGAGGAGAAAACCAGUCCAGAGAGCGGUGAAGCAGCCUCCAGCCGAGGGGGCCAAAUCCAACCCGUCCAAACGGCACAGAGACCGUCUGAAUGGGGAGCUGGAGCGGUUGGCCAGCCUGCUGCCAUUCCCCGAGGAGGUCACCGCAAGUCUGGACAAACUCUCCAUCCUCCGCCUAAGUGUGAGCUACCUGAGAGCCAAGAACUUCUUCUCUGUCGCCCUCAACAGUCGGAACGGAGCGUCUCCAGUCGGCGUGAAUGAUGACGAGAGCAAAACAGCAGGAGCCGUGGAGAACAAAAUUCCUGAGGGAGAACUUCUACUGCAGGCUCUCAAUGGCUUCGUCCUGGUCGUCACCGCCAGUGGGACCAUCUUCUACUCCUCUCACACCAUCCAGGACUACCUGGGCUUCCACCAGACAGAUGUCAUGCACCAGAGUGUGUAUGAAUUGGUCCACACUGAAGACCAGCAGGAACUCAGGAGGAACCUGCACUGGGCUCUGAAUCCUCCUGCUGCUGCCCCCGCCAUCACCCAGGACUCCCCACAAGAGAUGGAGCCAGACAGCAGUUCAUCUGUGGUCACCUACAACCCCGAGCAGCUUCCUCCAGAGAACUCAUCCUUCCUGGAGAGGAGCUUCGUCUGCCGCUUCCGCUGCCUCCUGGACAACUCAUCAGGCUUUCUGGCUUUAAACAUCCAGGGCAGACUCAAGUUUCUACACGGACAGAACCAGCGGCAGGAAAACGGUGGAAAAGCUCCGUCUCAGCUCGCUCUGUUCGCCAUCGCGACUCCUCUGCAGCCUCCGUCCAUCCUGGAGAUCAGAACCAAGAACAUGAUCUUCAGAACCAAACACAAACUGGACUUCACACCACUGGCCUGUGAUGCAAAGGGGAAGAUUGUGCUGGGGUACACAGAGGCUGAACUGAGGGUCCGAGGGUCUGGUUAUCAGUUCAUCCAUGCAGCAGACAUGUUGUACUGUGCAGAGAACCAUGUCAGAAUGAUGAAGACUGGAGAGAGCGGUCUGACAGUGUUCAGGCUCCUCACAAAGGAGAACCGCUGGAAAUGGGUCCAGGCCAACGCCAGGCUGGUGUACAAGAAUGGCAAACCAGACUACAUCAUCGCCACCCAGAGGCCUCUUUUGGAUGAAGAGGGUGGAGAACACUUGCGUAAGCGCUCCAUGCAUCUACCCUUCACCUAUGCUACAGGUGAGGCCCUGCUCUACCAGUGCAACCAUCCUAUAGCGAGCUUCAGGGACGGAGGCCAUGAGAAAAAUGGCACCAAGUCGAAGAAGAGUCGGACUGACAGGCUGGUCAGGGAUGGUCUUGACCCUGGCUCUCUUCUUGGGGCGCUCAUGAGUCAGGAUGAAUCAGUGUAUGUUUGCCAGCCUGCCCUGGAGCCCAAAAUGUCAUUUAGCAGCUUCUUUGGUGACCAAAUGGGCUUCUCUGAAUCUGAACCGUCCAGCUUGCACAGGAACUGGGAGGAGCCGAAUAAUGGUGUGUUGGGUUCGAGCAUCACAGAGCCUAGUACCAGCUUUGACCCUCUGUUGGCCACGCUGGACUCGCUCUCAUUGGAAGGUCAGGGGGUUGUGGAUUCAGAGGAGGGGGGGUGUUCUAAUGGGGAACUGUUCGGAGCUCUGGAGGGUCUGGGGCUGAGUGCCGAGGACCUUGAGCUGCUCCUACUGGACGAGAGGAUGAUCAGAGUUGAGAUGGACCCUGAGCGAGUGCCCACCUUGGAUGAUCUGCUCACAAACGAUGAGAUCCUUUCUUAUAUCUACGACUCCAUCGAGGGUAAGACUGAUUCCAUGGAUCUUGGAGGAAAGGUUCCUCCGAGCACUUCCUCGGCAACAGCCACCACCAUUUCAGGACCUGAAAGUAACUCCACCCCUGAUACUAAUGUUCAAAUGCAGUUUCCUCACCAUAAGCCUCCCUUGGUGGGUCAGGCUCCCAUCGUCCAGCUGUCCCAGCAGAUGCAACAGCACCUCAACAUGCGACCAGGUAAAGUGGCACACAACUGGGACCAGCAGACUGACCAUUUGGCUAACUCAAUGGUCAACGGAGACCUACUGGGCCAAAACCAACCUAUACCCAAUGGACAAUGGUCAGCCCAAGACAUUCUCACCAGUGCAGGGAUACCACUGGAUCACUACAACACACAACAGACUUUUUUCAAUGGUAAGACCUCGGAGCUGGAUGGCAACCUUCAUCAGCAGCAGCAACCACAUCAACGCUUCCUUCAGCAGCAGCAACCCAGGAUGCAGAAUCACCUCUCACAGCAGUGCCAUGCCAAACAGAAGGCAACCAACCUCAACGGACUCUGUGGUAUGUCCAGCACAGAGAAUUCGGCAGGAAAAUCCCAGUGGCAGGACUUUGGAUUCAGCGAGGGUCUUGGCAGCACUUCCUGCCUCGACAACGGCCAAAAACCUCUGACAAACACCUCACUUGAUCCUUGCAUGGAUUAUAGCAUGCCUGAUAUUGACAGUGUGGAUUAUUCUGUAAAUGGAAGUGGUAUGUUCGGGAGGAGUGGACAGCAGCACGUAGCCGAGUCCACGGUUUCAUCUUUCCAAGGGAUGAAUCAUAAACAGCAGCAGGAGCAGAUUCCAGUUCCUCUGGCCCAGGUCAUCUCCAGUCUGUCGCAAUGUCCUCCACCCAACGCCUCCCUGGAGCAGAUCCUGGGAGUGAGCAAGCCCUGUCGACAGAUGGACCACUAUGGUAUCGUGACCUCUGAGAUCCCUCAUGACCCCAGUCCCAAUAAGAUGGAGAACGGCUGCAUCCUGAGCAGCACGUACCCAGGCGGAUGUGCUCUGCCCAACAUGAACGGAGCAGCACCCCCUGCUGUACAGAUGCCCGUCCCCGAGACUCUGUCCAGCCUCCCCGACCCUCCAGCCACCGGUUUCUACCUCUGA